AUGUCUAUUGUAUUUAACUUUGAAGCUACAAUGGAUAUUGAUUCAAACAAUAAUUCAUUGAAUGGGAGUGAGGAAGUUGAAGAACAGGAUAACAAUCUUGAUAUUAACGAAAUUGGCGAAGUUGAAGAACCCAAGAAGGUGAUGUAUUUUGGCUCAAAACAAGAAGUGUACGCAUUUUAUGCACAAUAUGCGAAACACAGUGGAUUUGCUAUAGCUUUUAGAUCACAAAAUCUAACAGCUGAUGGGGAAGUGAAGUACUUUGGAAUUGAAUGUACUCGGGCGAGGUUGAGAACAAAAAGAUCAGAAAUCAAUCCCUUGGAACCAUCUUUGUCAACCAAAAUUGAUUGUAAAGCAAGGGUUAGACCUAGUCUACAAAACGAUGAGAGAUAUAAGUUAACCACAGUUGUGCUUGAGCACACUCAUGAUUUAAUUCCUGCAGACUCACGGCAUUUUUCAAUGAAUAAGAGGAUUCGUACUCCGGUCAAAAGAAGACUAGAAGUGAACGAUGCAGCAGGGAUUGGGGUGGCGAGGAAUUUUCAUUCCAUAGUUGUUGAAGCAGGGGGAUAUGAGGCAUUAACGUUUGAUGAACGAGAUGUAAGGAAUUAUAUUGAGAAUGUUAGAAGAUUGAGACUUGAGCUAGGAGACGCCGAAUCAGUUACACUUUAUUUCCAUAAAAUGCAACAACAAAAUUCGAACUUCUAUUCGACAAUUGACCUUGAUGAAGACGGUCGCAUGCGAAACUUGUUUUGGGCAGAUGCAAGGAGUAGGGCGGCUUAUAAAGCGUUUGGGGAUGUUGUCUCAUUUGACACAACCUAUUUGACAAAAAAGUAUGAUAUGCCAUUUGCUCCGUUUGUAGGAGUUAAUCACCAUGGACAGACAAUCUUGUUUGGAUGUGGGUUGUUAUCUAAUGAGAACACUGAGACAUUUGUGUGGCCAUUUAAAGAAUGGUUAAGUUGCAUGUCAGAUGCUCCUCCAAAAGCAAUAAUAACUGACCAGUGUAGAGCUAUGCAAAAUGCCAUAGAAAUAGUUUUCCCACAGGCUCGACAUCGUUGGUGCUUAUGGCAUGUGAUGAAGAAAAUUCCGGAGAAACUAAGAGGAUAUUCACAAUAUGAAGGCAUAAAGGUUGCUUUGCAAAAUGCUGUUUAUGAUUCAUUGACGAAAGAUGAAUUUGAGGGUAAUUGGCUUACAAUGGUUACAAAAUUCAAUUUGAAUGAUAAUGAGUGGUUAGGGGUAUUAUACCGUGAGCGACAUAGGUGGAUUCCUGCCUAUGUGAAAGACAUAUUUUGA